AUGGGCGACUUCGUGCACAUCGCACGCACCGCAGGACCUGGCCUGCGGCUCAGAGCAUGGCUGCAAAGACUGCCAACGCUUCUGUGGUGGGAGCUGAUCUAUGGGCUGCUUCUGGCUGCCACUGUUCUCUCGAUGCAUCCAUCACUGGAUCGCUGCUCCAUUGCUUUUCGGCUCUGCCAGUGGUCUGCGCUUCUGGCAGCUGCCUUGGCGGGGCUCUCCUUCUUCAGCUUCCUCCCCUUUCUAGGUUUCCUGCAGCGCUCGCCUCUCCUUCGGACGCUGCAGCAAGCAACACGUUUCUACUACCAGUCGCCUCAGCCACCCGGAACUGUCUACAUCAGCGAUGGCGGAGUCUUGGACAACACUGGGGUCCUCUCACUGAUGCGGCGGCGGUGCCGGCGGAUUCUGGCCGUCUAUGCGGGCGAGGAGGCCAAAGGAAAAGAGCUCAAAUGCAUCAAGAAGCUUCUGAUGCACAUGCACGAG